AUGAGUGCCAAAGAGCUAUUACAGUCUCACUUUCGAACCAUCAGGGCCGAUCCUCAAGCAUGGCGCUUAUUGUUUGCCACUGAUGCUGUCUUGGAAAUGCCAUUCGCCCCUCCUCAUGUGCCCAAGGUCUUGAAAGGGAUCGAUGAAAUUGCAGAGAGUGUCUCAGGCUUUGUUCAGCUUCUCGGUGAUGACUUCGAGAUUAACCAGAAGAGCGUACAUCUAGUUCAAGGCGAAGAUGCCGUGGUUGCUGAAUUUUCGAUGACUGCCACGGCUAAACCAACAGGCAAGAUCUAUAAUCAGGAUUAUAUCUUGUACCUUCGUGCUGAGGAUGGAAAGAUUGUGUUUUAUCGAGAGUAUUUUGAUGGACCUCGGACGGCUGCUGCUUUUACACCAGACAGCUAG